AUGUUGUUCUGGACGACUCUUCUUUCGGCCGCCCUUGUGGCAGCUUUGACUGUCGAAGAAACAGACAAUGGCAUUGUUGUCGACGUUGAGGGCGACGAUGGCUUCGUCGUGACCAUUGACAGUACCGGGUCCAUUUCCUCGCUUCAGUACCGAGACACCGAAUAUCAGUACGCUGAGACUCUGAGCCAUAUUGCCUCUGGUCUUGGAAGUGACACCACUGUUUCUCACACUACCGAAGGGGACUAUGCCAUUGUUUCGGCCACGGCCAAGAGCGACGAUUUUGACUUGACCCACUACUAUGUCUUCCAGAAUGGCCUCAGUGCAAUCUACAUGGGCACAAACACCAACUCGCAACCCGCUGUCGGCGAACUCCGCUACAUCGCGCGUCUCGUUGGCCUUCCUGAAGCUUAUAAGGAAGGCGAAGUUUCUGAUAUCACUGGCGGUGGAGACGCCAUAGAGGGCAGUGAUGUAUUCGUCGUCGAUGGCCAGACUCGCAGCAAGUUCUACUCGUCGCAACGCUUCAUCGACGACUCGGUCUACUGCGCCUACACUUCCGACAGCAGUGUCCACGCCUGCUUCCUGUCCGACACCCGAUCGCGCGAAAAGUCCUCUGGCGGUCCAUUCUUCAGAGAUAUUGACCUGAACCUGGGCAGCGACUACCACUCUGUAACCUACUACAUGAACUCCGGACACGUGCAGACAGAGGCCUUCCGAACGGGCUUCUUCGGCCCCUACAUUCUCUCCUUCACGGGCUCUACCAUCCCCUCUUGGUCAGACUUUGACACUUCCUUCUUCGACGACCUCGCAUUAGACGGGUACGUCGGGCCCUCAGGGCGCGGUGCCGUAUCGGGCUCCGUCAGCGGCACAUCAGACUCCCACCCUGCCAUCGUCCACUUCUACAACGACGACUACCAGUCCUGGACCAAUUCCUCGGACGGCUCCUUCACAUCCCCUCAGCUCGUGGAAGGCUCCUACACCGUCGCGCUAUACCAAGACGAACUCCUCGCCGCAACCACAACCGUCGCCGUCUCCGCCGGCGCAACAGCCACAGCCUCCCUCUCUGCAACCAACGAGAUAAUAACCGCCGAACGCACGACAAUCUUCCAAAUCGGCGAAUACGACGGGAAGCCAACCGGUCUUCUAAACGCAGACAAGCAGCUCCGCAUGCACCCCUCCGACGAGCGCAUGGCCGACUGGAACCCCACGCCCUUCGUCGUCGGCACGGCAGAGGACUCCGAGUUCCCUAUGGCGAUCUUCACGGCCGUCAACAAUAACUUCGAGAUCCAGUUCUCGCUCGACGAGGAGAUCUCGGCGGAUACCGUUACCGUGAGGAUUGCGACGACACUUGCCUUUGCUGGGGGCCGGCCGCAGAUUACCCUAAACGAGGAUGAGUGUGAGGCGCCUGAGUCGCCGUCGGAGAUUGACUCGCGCGGUGUAACCCGUGGGGCGUAUAGAGGCAAUGGAGAGGUUUACACCUGUGAUUUCGCCAAGGGAAGCUUGGUUGUGGGUGACAACUCGGUGUUUAUUAGUGUUAUCUCGGGGAGUGACGGGGAGGAGUUUUUGAGCCCGAAUGUGGUUAUUGAUGCCGUUGAGGCUUAUUAUUAAGUGUUGAUGUGAUAUGUGGGUGGAAUUCGUUGGAAUCGGUGUAUCAGAUGUAGGAUGUUGUAUAGUAUCUUAGGGUCUUUGUAUAUGUCUAUUUGUCGG